AGUACAGACCGCCUGUAGUAUGAAUAUAAAAUCAAACCGUGCUUCAAGUGCAUUCACAUUCUGUUAAUAAAUGAGAUACAAACACUGUAGAAUUGAUAAGAAAUGAACAAUGAGCAGUUUCUGGAUUUUACUUUUCAUCUUCAGCACCAUGUAUACAGUCCAUCCUGGUAGACACUGGGUUACUGCACAAUCUCCAACAAAGCCACCAGUUUUUCAGCCUGAUAAAGAGCUCAGUGUGAAUAUCGGAGACUCUGCGACUCUACAGUGUUGUUAUGAUUCUCAGAAUGUAGUUGGAAUAAUAGACUUGUUUAAACAACCAAACAAUAAAAAACCUCAGAUUGUAGUCACAGUGUAUAAAAGCAAUAUUGAAACGUUUCACAAUGGAUUCCAAGAGUCUCAUUUUCGAAUAGAAAGAUUUUCAAACUGCUUCAAUAUGACUAUUUUAAACACCACUCAGUCUGAUGAAGCCAUGUACUACUGUGCAGUGAAGACAUCCAACAUUGUGUUUGGAGAUGGAACUUAUUUACAUAUUAAAGAUACAGUCGAGUCUGAUAAACGUUGUGUUACUACAAACCCCCCCCCAAAUCCAGAUGUUUAUCAGGCUGAAGAAAAGCUCAGUGUGAAUAUCGGAGCCUCGGCUACUCUACAGUGUUGUGUUUUAGGAAUAGAAAACGGAGAAGUUAUCUGGUUUAAGCAACAAAAUGAAAAACAGCCUCAGGUUAUAGUCAGAUUCUUUAACACAGCUGGAGAAAAGUUUUACAAAGAAUUCCAAAAUUCUCGUUUUCAAAUUAAAAAGUUUGGACACUGCUUCAAUUUGACCAUUUUAAACACCACCCUGUGUGAGGAAGCCACAUAUUACUGUGCACUCGUGUCUACUGAUGGAACUCGUUUACAAAUGAAAGGUGAGCGUGUUAACGCAGAAACAUCUAAAGCAGCUCUGUGUGAUAAUUCAGUGGUGUGUGAACCAACACCGCAUGGAAACAACACUAACACCGACACACGACACAGUGAUCGGUUUGGGAUCGGCUUUGGGUUUGUGCUCACUUCUGAUUUUCUGUCUCACUUAUUUCAUACUGAGGAGAAGAAAAGGUGAUAAAAUGAAUUCUACAGAAAGGAGGAAGAAUUCUCAUUUCGACACUUUGACUUAUGCAGCAUUGAAGAGAAGUGAAUUUUGCUUGUCAGAC